UGGGUGUGGGAGCUUGGCGGUAUGAUCAUCAGCAUUGGCUGUAUGGUUACCAUGCUUAUCCUGCUUCCGUACCUUGACCACAAGCCAGUUGAUGAGUGGCAUUUCCUCAUAGCACCAAACACUAUGAUAUCUACGCUCAUUACUAUUUCGAAGACGUCCAUGCUCCUCACUGUCGCGGAAGGUUUAAGCCAGUUGAAAUGGCUUUACUUCAAGACCGCCAAGCGAUCUUUACCUGAGCUCGACAUCUUCGACGGCGCUAGCCGAGGGCCAUGGGGAGCACUAAUCUUUGUUUCUCGAAUGUCAAAGAAGACUGGAGUUAUCCUACCGGUCAUAGGGUCUGUUGUCAUGAUCGCCUCCUUGACAAUGGAGCCCUUUGCUCAACAGAUC